CUCGCCUCUUCUCCCUCCCUGUGCAAAUCGCAAACCACAAAACGCAAGACGCUGUCGCUAUUGUGAAGAGCGGGAGCAUCAGUCAUAGGCCGUUAGGGUUAGGGUUUAGUAUUUUGGGGCUCCAAUGGCCUCUCCCCAUCUCGACGACGAAGAUGACUUCGGUGGCGAUUACCCGGGAAGCCACAACGGUAGCAAACGCUCAGGUGAGAAAAGAUCUUUUGGGGAUCUGGACGAGGAGGACGACGAUGUAUUCGGCAGCAAGAAGGGAAAGACAAAGGCUGAAGAAAGUGUGCCUGGCGUGGCCACAGGAAUGAUUUUGUCGCUACGUGAAAGUCUGCAGACUUGUAAAGAUAGCCUGGCAACCUGUCAGGCAGAGCUAGAAACUGCAAGAUCAGAAAAUCAGAAGUGGCAUUCUGCAUUUGAGAACGGCCCAGUUACACCUGCAGGCUCGAUGCCAGAACCAGGGUUGGUGGUAACAUAUAUCCAGAACUUGAAGUCAUCUGAAGAGUCAUUAAAGGAGCAGCUUGAGAAAGCAAAGAAGCGGGAGGCUGCAUUCAUAGUAACGUUUGCGAAACGCGAACAGGAAAUUGCUGACUUGAAGUCUGCAGUUCGAGAUUUGAAGACACAAUUGAGGCCACCAUCAAUGCAGACAAGGAGAUUAUUGCUUGACCCAGCAAUACAUGAGGAGUUCAUGCGAUUAAAGAACUUGGUCGAAGAAAAAGAAAAGAAAAUAAAGGAACUGCAAGACAAUGUUGCUGCCGUCAACUUUACUGCAUCAAGCAAGCUGGGAAAAAUGCUGAUGGCGAAGUGCAGAACUUUGCAGGAGGAAAAUGAGGAGAUUGGAGCAAUGGCUUCUGAAGGAAAAAUCCAUGAAUUGGGAAUGAAAAUUGCAGUGCUGAAAUCCCAGAACGCGGAGCUUAGAAAUCAGUUCGAUGCUCUCUAUAAGCAUAUGGAAGGGCUAACAAAUGAUGUGGAGAGAUCAAAUGAACUGGCAUAUAUUAUGCGAGAAAAGCUAGAAGCAAAGGACUAUGAACUGCAAAAGUUGAGGGAAAUGCUUUCCCAGAAACAAGAAGUACCUGAAGAAAACGAUGAAUCUGCUGAUGACAAGACAGCGGAUUAUGAAACUGUUCUUGUAAAAUCUGAGGAAUGAGCUUUAUCAGAUAAUCUCCAUUUUUGGGUGUUUGAAAGAAUUUACUGCAUAUUUAUUUGAGGACUAAUUGACAAUUCUAUAAAUAUUCCUUGCUCUAAUAUAGAGUCUGAUUACUGAACCGAAAAUGGAAGGUAAAAAUGUAUAGAGACGCCGGCAACUAUAGGCCAUUUUGAUGUAUUCAUUUAUUAAUCCACGGAAGUAUUUCGUUUUAAGA